AACAUGCCAUUGUGAGUAUCGAGUGUGUGUAAAAAAAACAAACAAAUUGAAUAAAUAAGAUUAGGAAAUAAAAGAACACACGAGAUUCACAUGGGAAAAAAAAAAACGAAAGUAGUCAUAGCCUGAGUCCCCAAUCGCUGCAAGGAGCUACGUUCUAGGGUCAUCUCCUUCCCAGCUUCAGGGCGGUUCUACUUGCUUGCACUGUUCUUUUCAAUGGUUUCGUCCCUAAGAUGACAGUCAAGGCUGCUGAGGAUAUUCUAAACAUCUGUUAAGCUGUUCGGAGUUACUUAAAAAAUGGAUGAUGAUAAUGGGCUUGAGCUCAGCUUGGGUCUCUCUUGUGGAGGAUCUUUAGCUAAGGGUAACGCUGGGAGCUCCUCGGAGAAGCACAUAGUAGAAGGAGGAGAUAGAAGUGCUAAAGUGAUUGAUGACUUCAAGAACUUCCUUCAUCCAACUUCUCAGAGACCAGCUGAGCCGAGUUCUGGUUCCCAGAGUCAGAGAAGCGAUUCUGGUCAACAAAAACCUCCACAGAAUUUCUUUAAUGAUCUCUCCAAGGCUCCUACCGCUGACGCUGAAGCUUCCACGAAACCUUUGUGGGUGGAGGAUGAGACAACACGACAAGAAGCAGGAAACAAAAGAAAGUUUGGGUUCCAGGGGAUGAACGAUGAGAAGAAGAAGAAAGAGAAAGACUCCUCACAUGUUGAUAAGCAGGAGAAGAAGACUAAAGCAUCCCAUGUUUCAAACGCCACAGAUGAAGGAUCAACAGCUGAAAACGAAGAUGUAGCAGAAUCUGAAGUAGGUGGUGGUGGUUCUUCCUCCAACCUCGCUAAGCAGGUGGCUCGUCCUACCGCUGAUACAAACGUUGUGGACAACUUAGCCGGUCAAAGGAAGAACAGCCAUGGCGCUGAAGAGUUUACCACAGUCCGUAACACGAGUUACAACACCAAACCAUUCACUGCUCAUCCACAGAAUGUCGUCACUGGUUUACCUUAUUCUUUACCGGCAAAAGAGUCUGGACAACAUGCAGCAGGUACAAGUCUAACGCAACCUACUGCUAAUGCUGGGAAUAAUCUCCCAGCUAUGUUCGGAUACUCACCGGUUCAGCUCCCUAUGCUGGAUAAGGAUGGUUCAGGCGGCAUUGUCUCGCUUUCUCAGUCUCCAUUCGCCGGAAGAGUCCCAUCAAACUCGGAAGCUACUGCUAAAGGCGAGGGAAAACAGCCUGUUGCAGAAGAAGACUCAUCAGAGGAUGCAUCAGAACGACUGGCAGCAGACAACAACAACAUUAGUAAUGCUUUCUCUUUCGACUUCUCCGCCAUAAAACCUGGAAUGGCAGCGGAUGUGAAGUUUGGAGGAUCUGGUGCACGUCCUAACCUGCCCUGGGUCUCUACCACUGGUUCAGGCCCGCACGGUCGAACAAUCUCGGGUGUUACGUACCGGUACAAUGCAAACCAGAUCAAAAUCGUAUGUGCUUGCCAUGGCUCACACAUGUCGCCGGAGGAGUUUGUCAGGCAUGCAAGCGAGGAGUAUGCUAGCCCGGAGUCAUUUAUAGGAAUGACUGCUGCCUCGGCUCAUACCUGAAAGUCGCCGGAGAAGUCAGAAGUGUCUUAUAUCUUUGUAAACAAAUGGAAGAAGAGGGGUUUCUUUUCGGAAGAUAUACUCUAAGGCCAAAGUUUUAUUGGAGCUUUCCACUAUGUUACUGUAAUCUCUCUGUUUCUUUUGUUCCUCGUUUCAGCUUUCAUCACUUUUGUGUAUUACCAUUUAGUUUUGUAAGAUUCUUCUCUUUGUUUUUGGGUUCAAAUAAAUACUGUAUUCUGAGAA